AAAUUGUCAGAAUACGGUGCGACUUCUCGGCGGAGAGUUGCUCCGGUACGAAGCUCCGUUUUAUUCUCUCCCGUUAUUAAAAUCGUCGUGUAUCUAUAUCUUUGUGCCGUUCAAUCGCAACGAGAACAGAAGCGAGAGAUAAUAAUAGAUAUAUAAAUAUAUAUGUAUAUAUGGGAUAUGUGUCUUCCUUGAAAGUCGUAUAACACAAACUUAACUAACAACAAGACAAGACAUACGCGAAUCUACGAUUGGUACAAGUGUCCCAGAGAAGAGGAAGUGUUCCUUUUUUUUUUUUUUUUCUUUCUGUGUGUAUUCGCGUAAUCCCAGCUCGGAUACAGCUUUGGAUUAGAUGAAAACGCCAUCAUCGAGGGAAGAGGAAUAGAAGAAGAAUAAAAGAAAGAGAAAAAAGAAGGAAGGAAAGAUAAAAGCAAAGAAAAAAAAAAAGAAAAAGAGGCAAAGGAGAGGAAAGGGAAAAAAAAGGAUAAAAGGGGAAGAAAAACGAUCGUCCAGACGUGUUCGUCCCAAAAGAGAGAGAAAAAGAAAAACAGAGAAAGAGAGAGAGAGAGAGAGAGAAAGAGAGAUAAUCACAUUCUCCGAUUAAUAUUGUUGCCGAUUGUGUGUGUUGACUUUUCAUUCCCCGAGCAAGGACUAUCGCGGGACUCCGGCACGUGUGAAAAAUAGAAAAAGAAUAUACAGAUAGGAAGGUAAAGAAAAAGAAAAAAAAAAAAAAAAAAGAACAAGAGUGGUCCUAUUUAUCUGUUACUGAGUUUCCCGUAUAUUAGUAAAUAUCGAUUUUACGGACACGUUGGUCAUCCGAUGGUAUUGAAGCUUAGCCGUUGUUCUUCUUCUUCUUCUUCUUCUUCUCCUCCUUCACCUUCUCCUUCUUCUUUUUAUUCUUCUUCUUCUUCUUUUUCUUCUUCUUCUUCUUCUUCUUCUUGUCAUAAUUCUACGGAUAAAACUGAAGAAAUUUUCUGAAUACCCUUGGAAACGAAUUUAAUUUGGGGGAAAUACUUGAAUCUCGUACGUCAUAUUUGGAAAAGGAUGGAUUAUUCGAAAAAAGUGACCAUAAAGGACGAACCGGAACAGGAACAGGAACAAGAACAAGAACAGGAACAAGAACAGGAACAGGAACAGGAACAGGAACAAGAACAAGAGCAAGAGCAAGAGCAAGAACAAGAACAGGAGCAAGAACAGACUGAGACACAAGUGGAUACAGCAGUAUCUCCGUCGUCAAGUGUUGAUUUACCCGAAAGCGCGCAUCCUUGUCCAGCUUGUCCGACCAUACUUUUGACAACCCACGAUUUAACAAAUCACCUACGGGAACAUAAUUCACCAAGGAGCACAGAAUACGGCGGCGAGGAAGACUACUGCUGUGCUAUAUGUCAAAAAGUAUUGAGUUCGGCAAGUUCCUUGGACCGCCAUGUUCUCGUACAUUCGCGCGAACGACCUUUCAAGUGUAAAUAUUGUGACAUAGCUUUCACAACUAAUGGUAAUAUGAAUAGACAUGUUAAAAGUGCCCACCGCGGUGAAAGAUCACCACCACAGAGUUAUACCGAAUCGGAAAGUACUAGUAACGACUCGGAAAACUCAUCUAGAAGACAGCACAUAGAAGAGCAUAACAACAACGAGAUAUCGAAACAAACUUCGCCAAAUUUUAUGAUAAGAGAAAGAUUGGCGAAGAAUUUAACGGCGAAAAGAAAGUCACCAUCUUUUACCAGAGAAGAUGAUAGCCCACGUAAACACAAGAUAUUGUUAAAUAAUUCCAGAACCGAGAUCAAACGUACGCCUGUACAGGCACAAAAUUCAUACAACUGUCCAGUUUGUAAUCGGCAAGAUUUUGCUACGAGCGGUCUCUUGGAAACACAUUUGGAACAAAAUCAUCCAGAAUUCACGGCAAGGUGCGAACCCUGUAAUUUAUCUUUUAAAAAUCAUCGGGUAUUGAAUCUACACCGUUAUAUGAUUCAUUUUUCUGACUAUCCCGUUGGUAUCCCUACGAGAAAUUUACGUAAUUCCGUAGUAGGAUUCGACGAUUUAACUUUUGUUGACUUUACCUCGGCUAAAUUCCCAACUAUUGCUAGGGUGAUGUGCGAGCAAGCGAUGCAUCGGCCAGCAUCCGGAGAAGGUACCAACUUUCAAUGCGCCAAGUGUUCAAGGGCAUUUCCUUGUUUCAAGUCUAUGAAAGAACACCAAAAUGAAUGUGGUAAGUGUAGGUCAAGUUUGCAAUGUAGACCGAUAGAUGUCGGGGAAUCACAGAGGGAUGAUUUUUUUGCGGGCCUCGAAUUACACAAUAAAGCUGCUUUGACAGAGGCUAAAGACGGAAAGGAUUUAGCGGAUAUAGAAAGCAUUUUGUCCGUUACGUCGGGCCCAAUUUUACAAAACUUUCCCCGCUCGGAUGCUAGUACACCCGAGAAUAAUAUGAAAUUUAAUUCGAGCGUUGGUUCUUCUGGUUCAUCAGGAACAAUGUCAUCGGAAUAUCACGAAGAGGAAGCUCAGGAUUUAUUCGCUGCCGAAUUCAGGAAGAUGAAGUUGAAAGGAGAAUUCCCAUGCCGAUUGUGUACAGCCAUAUUUCCCAAUUUGAGAGCUUUGAAAGGACAUAAUCGCGCUCAUAUGGGCGUUGCGCCUGGAGUACCCUAUCCAUGCAAUAUGUGUCCUUAUACGAGUACGGACAAGGCCACCCUCGUAAGGCAUCUUAGAUCUCACAACGGUGAUCGGCCGUAUGAGUGUUCGCUUUGCAAUUAUGCUUUUACCACAAAAGCAAACUGUGAGAGGCACGUUAGAAAUCGUCAUGGUAAAUUAACCAGGGAAGACAUUAAAAGUGUCCUGAUAUAUCACCCGAAUGAGGAUUCGACGAAUGAGAAUAUCGGUAGAAGUUCGCCAAGAGUGACAAAGGACGAACCAAGAAAAAGUUUGAUAUAUCCGAAUGACCGUGAAGAUUCCCAUCAGCAACAACAACAGCAGCAGCAACGUUAUCUGUCGAUGCCGAUGGACUCGAAAAGUGAUAUUAGAGUGAUAGACGAGGCAAAACUAUCUAGCCCAGGAUUGGCCUCGUCUCUUCGGAAUAUUAUCGUUAAUCAUUGCGAAACAAGCGAUACUUAUUCGAGAUCGAGCAUACCAUCGGCUGGGCUUAUUCCAAGGAAUAUAGAUGAGGUCACUACAUCUCAAGAUCAGAGUGGAAGGGCUGAGGAUGAUCUUGAAUCAAGGUCAUCUAACGAAAGCGUGUCUCUAGUCAAUGAUACUGAAAUAGAUAUGCACCAAAGAAUUCAAGCUAGUCCGAUUAACUUGAAGAAAACGUCUAACGUACCUAACGCCGUAAAUUCGAACCAGGACGGACCGUUGGACCUUAGCAUGGACGUUCUAGAUUUGAGUAAAAAAGCCAAGGAGAAAAACGGUGCUGGCUCUUCUAGAUCGAACGAGCAUUAUACUGGCAAUGAUCGAAGAGAAUUUUACGAUUCAACGAGCCAAUUGUUCCUAACACAGGCUCUUUUACAAGCAAGCCAGGGAACUUCGCCGGGAACUUCACCUGGUACUUCACAAGGAACUUCACAGGCAACUUCCUUACAGAAUUUCUAUGCCAAUGCCCAAUUGAUAUAUCGCAAUUUAGGAUCACUUUCGGCAGGAGUAAAUGCUGGAAUUUUAUCUCCUUAUAUGUUCAAUCCGCACCUAUUUGGACAAGACCUUAACAUCAGGGACAGAAUUCAAAAGGAAUUCGCCCGUGGCUUACAAUUGACCAGUGGUGGUACAUUGGUCGAUUCGUCUCAUGGAAAUACAGGUUUUGCCGGUUUUCCUCAAUCCAACGAUGGCUCGUCUCAAUCUGUUAACGAGCAAAAUGAUUAUACCAAAUUGUUGGCCUCCAAAAUGACCAAUAAAAAUUUAUCGCCACGCGAGAAGCCGGAUAAUUCACCUUCGUCGAAUUCGGUUAAAAUGGUCAUAAAGAAUGGAGUUCUAAUGCCGAAACAAAAGCAACGAAGAUAUCGUACAGAAAGACCGUUCUCUUGCGGACAUUGCUCGGCUAAAUUCACCUUACGUAGCAACAUGGAGCGACAUAUAAAACAGCAACAUCCUGAAUUUUGGAGUCAACGACCUCGAGGUGGUCAUUCGACGAGAGGUAGACCACCUGCGAACCAUCCUACCUUAAUUAAAAAUUCUGGACAGUCAAAUUCACAAGCAUCGCAAUCCUACUCCAAUAUACUACCCAAAACGGAAUCAUCGUCGGCGAUAGAAUCUGGUAGACAUUCGAUUUCCGAUCAAGUUAAAUAUGCAAUUUUGGCGCAACAAUUGAAGGCAAACAAAAUGGACGACAACGACACCGACGAAGAAUUGAUCAUAGACGAGGAUCCUACGGAUAAAGAGAUACAAGAAUCUCAAGAACAAGGAGAACGUUCUACGAGUUUGUUGAGAGGACAAUUGGAAGGUAAUGAGUCUAACAAAGACGUCGGAGUUAAGGAGGAAAUUUUAGAAAGAGACUCAUCCGACGUAUUUCAUAAUGAACAGACCGAAGAAAAUAAUGAUACCAAUGAAAAUGGCCGAACAUCUAGAAACGAAGAUACCCUUGAAGUUAAAACAGAGGAUACAUCCGGAGAUAAUAAUUCAAGGCACACCUUUAAAAUGGACAUCUGCACGGAUACCGUACAAAAUAAACAGGAAGAUAAUAACGCUGAUCUCGCUAGCGUUUCUGAAUUAUUGGACAAUGCCUCUCAACAAUAUCAACACUUUCAACCACAAUAUCUGAGCGAUGAGGAAGGUUUGGUCGCAUCUACGAGCGACUUUAACAAUUCUGGAAGCGAGGACAAAUCGGACUCGGUGAAUUCCGGUAAUUCGAAUAAUGCCUCGGCGAAGAAGAAAAAAAAGAAAAAAAAGAAGAAGAAAUCUGCUUACUCAAUGGCACCUAACAGAGUUAUAUGUCCAUAUUGCGAACGGCCAUUCCCAUGGACUUCGUCCCUUAGACGACAUAUUCUUACGCACACGGGCCAAAAGCCCUAUCAAUGUAUAUAUUGUUCACUUUUGUUCACCACCAAAUCAAAUUGCGAUCGGCACCUUUUGAGAAAGCACAAAACAAAUCCUAACAAAAUACGACGCGUUAGAAAUUCAUCAUCGCCGGACAGUCAGGCAAUAAAUACGAACAAUACGUUCUCAAUGAGAAAUGUACCAGAGAGACCAUAUAAAUGUAAUCAAUGUCCGAGUUCGACCUUUUCGACGUUAGGGAAUUUAAAGAAACAUCGUUCGACAAAACACUCGCGCAAAACCAAAUCAAGAUCUGUAUCGCCGUCGAGCGAACCACAAAAUAGUCCUUUACAAUCAACAAAACAAAACGAUCCUAGCGAUUACGAGAGCCAAUCGUCCAGUAUAUCAGAAAAUACGGAACAACAGCAGGCGGUAUCACCGGUAGAAACGCAAAAACCAAAUUCCAAUAUAUCACCGACUAACAAUGAAUUAUCAAGAUCACGAAGAACAUCCCCUAGAUCCUCGCCCGGUCCUAACGACGUACCAUUCAAAUGUCAUCUAUGUGAUUGCGGAUUCGCCGAUCGUCACGAUUGUUUGGAACAUAUUAAAACGAAUCAUAAGAAAUCGUACGAAAUGUUAGUUGCUAAAGGUGCAAUGGAUAUGGAUAUCGAUGGUUUGGAAGAUCAGCCGGUACCACCGCCGCCUCCGCCACCGCCGCAGCAACAUCUUAGCGAUGGGGAAGAAAGAAAAGGCCGAUUCCCAGAUUACAGUAAUAGAAAAGUGGUCUGUGCCUUUUGCAUAAGAAGAUUUUGGUCGGCCGAGGAUCUCCGUCGUCACAUGAGAACACACACUGGUGAAAGACCAUUCUCUUGUGAUAUUUGCUUUCGACGAUUCACAUUGAAACACAGCAUGCUACGUCAUCGUAAAAAACACGAAUCGGUCGACUCUACAAUGUACGUUGGUACAAGCGGCGACGAAGAAAAUUCACCUACUCAACCACCAACGAUAACACCACGUACCCAACAACAACCACCGGUAUUAAUGGCAACAAAUAUCAACAAUUCUAGGAUACAAGAUAGAAUCAUGUCGUCGGUAGCAACUGGCGAUGCUGCUCCCGGUGGUUUCAUGAGAUUUAAUACCUUCGAAAAAUUAACUACGUUUACCGGCAAAUUGACCACCAAUACACAACAUAAUGUCAAUUCUGAAUUAUCCGAAAAUACCGACAACGAUUUGAUCUCUAAUCUUUUGGGCAUACGCGAUAAAAGUUUCAUCGAUAAGGUUCUACAAGCAUCACCGGACGAUGCCGCUAAAUUAUUAGGCGUACAACGUAGCCACGAAUGAAAAUGUACGAUAAAAAAAAAGAAAAAAAAAAAAAAGAAAAAAAAAGAAAA